AUGACGAAGAAAAGCCUUGAGUAUGUGCCGGCUCUGUACAAGAUUUUCGAUGAGAUCUUGGUCAAUGCUGCAGACAAUUUGAUCCGAGACCCCAGCCAGAACACAAUCCGUGUGGAGGUCCACAGCAAGGAGGGCUGCCUCAGUGUGUGGAACAACGGUGCCGGCUUGCCGGUUCAGAUGCACCGAGAGCACAAGUGCUACGUGCCUGAACUGGUCUUCGGUCACCUUCUCACCAGUGAUAACUACGAUGAUGCUGAGAAAAAGGUAGUUGGUGGUCGCAACGGCUAUGGUGCCAAGCUGACGAAUAUUUUUUCGAAGAAGUUUGUCCUUGAGACAGCAGACACCAGGAGCGGCAAGAAGUACAAGCAGGUCUGGGAGAAGAACAUGACUGUUUGCCACAAGCCGGUCAUUACCAACAACAAGUCUGAAGACUUCACGCAGGUUACUUUUUUCCCCGACUUUGCCCGCUUCGGCAUGCGAGAACUUGAGGAGGACAUUGUGGCAUUAAUGCGACGACGUGCCUUUGACCUUGCCGCCUCUACUCAAGGUCGGUGCCAAGUGUUCCUUGAUGGACGUCGCCUGGACAUCUCAAGCUUUGAGGACUACGUGGAUCUUCACGUGAAGCCUGAGAACUUCCGCACAUGCAAGGCUGUGAAUGACCGCUGGGAAGUUGCAGUUGGACUCACUGAUGGCUCCGGCUUCCAGCAGGUGAGCUUUGUGAAUUCCAUCAACACUUCACGUGGUGGCACGCAUGUGACCUACGUUGCUGACCAGGUGGUCAGUGCGGUACUCGAGAAACUUGGGAAGCAGAAGAAUGGAGGUCCUUUGGCAGUGAGGGGCCAACACGUGAAGAGCUACUUGUGGAUCUUCGUGAAUUGCCUGAUCGAGAAUCCAGCCUUCGACUCUCAGACUAAGGAGACCUUGACCAGCAAGCGCGAGAGGUUUGGGUCAACUUGUCGCUUGCCAGAGGAUCUCCUUGAGGAGAUCGUGGAGAGUGGCAUCAUCGAUGCCCUCCAAGAAUGGUCCAAGGCUAUGGGCAAAAGCGAGCUGGCGCAGCACCUGAACCGCAGCGAUCUAGGCAUGCAGAAGCGCUUGUUUGGUGUUCCAAAGCUCGAGGAUGCCAACUUGGCUGGAACAAAAGAGGGGCACUCCUGCACGCUCAUCCUCACAGAGGGUGAUUCAGCCAAGGCUUUGGCUGUUGCUGGCCUUGGUGUUGUGGGUCGUGACCGUUUCGGCGUUUUUCCUCUGCGUGGGAAGCUGCGGAAUGUCCGAGAGCUCACCGUGAAGCAGAUGCUGGAGAACAAAGAGAUUGACCAGGUGCUAAAGAUCCUGGCCUUGGAUGCCACCAAGGAGUAUCAGGAUGCAAAAGGCCUUCGCUACGGUUCUAUCAUGAUCAUGACAGAUCAAGACCAUGAUGGUUCGCACAUAAAGGGCCUGAUCAUCAACUUCAUUCAGCACUGGUUCCCCACGCUCCUCAGGUUGCCUGGUUUUCUGAAAGAGUUCGUCACGCCCAUUGUGAAGGUCUCUCGCGGCGAUGAGACCAUAACCUUUUUCACGUUGCCCGAGUAUGAGGCAUGGAAGAAGGAGCAUGAUGACGGACGUGGCUGGAAAUGCAAAUAUUACAAAGGUCUUGGGACGUCCACCGGUUCCGAAGCCAAAGAGUACUUUGCGGAUCUUGAGGAUCAUGAAAUCCAGUUCACGUACUCAGGAAGCCGCGACGACGAUCUUAUCGACAUGGCUUUUGCGUCGAAGAGGUCAGAUGAUCGCAAGGUCUGGAUCUCGCGCGUUGAGGAAGGCACCUGCGUUGACCACUCGCAGCCCACCCUAAGCUACUCUGACUUUGUCGAGAAGGAGCUGGCAUUGUUCGCAAAGUAUGACGUGGAGCGGGCCGUGCCUUGCCUUGUCGACGGCCUGAAGCCAGGGCAGCGCAAGGUGCUGUAUGGCUCCUUCAAGAAGAAGCUUACAACCGAGAUCAAAGUCGCGCAGCUCUCAGGCUACGUAGCCGAGACUUCUGCUUACCACCACGGGGAGGCUUCAUUGCAGGGCACUAUCAUCUCGAUGGCGCAGACCUUCGUUGGGAGCAACAAUAUUAACCUUUUCGAGCCGCGCGGCCAGUUUGGUUCCAGGCUCCAGGGAGGAAAGGACCACGCUGCAGCACGCUACAUCUUCACUUGCCUCUCAAAGGUGACACGCUGUCUCUUUCCGCUGGAAGAUGAUGCAGUCUUGGAGUAUUUGCGGGAAGAAGGUCAUCAGAUUGAACCCCGAUUUUACUGUCCCAUACUCCCGCUCGCCCUGGUCAAUGGCGCCGACGGUAUUGGGACAGGAUGGAGCACUAGCAUUCCCAAUUACAAUCCGCGGGACCUCAUCUCCAACAUCCGUUGCUUGCUCCGCAGGGAGCCAGCAAAGCCCAUGGUGCCGUGGUUCCGCGGCUUUAAGGGGAUGGUUAAGCCCAUUGAAGGUUCACCUGGCAAGUUUGAAGCCAUGGGCGUCGCCACACAGAAAGGCCGUGUUCGGCUUGAGAUCACCGAGCUGCCGCCUAAGCGCUGGACACAGGACUACAAGGACUGGCUAGUGGAGCAGCUUCCAAAGCCAGGAGAUGAGAGGCGAGCUUCCAUCACCGAGCUUCGAGAAUACCACUCUGAGAACUCGGUGCACUUUGUGCUGUCCAUGACACCGGACAAGCUCUCCGAGGCAGAGCGCCGUGGCUUUGAGAAGGUCUUUCACCUGCGCUCAAAUAUCAGCACCACCAACAUGUGGCUGUUCGAUGUCGACGGCAAGAUCCAGAAGUAUGACAGUCCGGAGGAUAUCCUUCAGGCCUUCUUCCCUGUCCGCUAUGAGAUGUACGAGAGGAGGAAGGCAUACAUGGUCGACAAGAUGGAGCGAGAACUCGCAGUCCUCUCCAACAAGCUGCGCUUUGUGGAGUUGGUGGUGGGAGACAGACUGGAUGUAGAGAAGAAGAAGAUGGUCGAUCUUUGCCUCAAGAUGCGCAAGCUUGGUCUGGAGCAUAUGUGCCAGAUCAAGGGUGAAGGUUCUGUGAAGGUGGGCACGGAGGUCCAGCUUGCGCUUGGCAGUGACAUGUGCUGCAGCUUGAUGAGCCUCGCUGCUGCUUCGGCUUGCAGAUUCUGA